UUUAUGCUUUUCUUUUUUCCUCUGGUAGCAUUUUGUGAGGCUGGUUUUCAGCCAUCUCAAUCUCAGUGACACAGAGCCAUCGUUUCAUACCCAGUUGUGGGUCAUACCCCCACCCAUCUGGUUCACCCACCAGAUACGAUGGUAAAACUUAAAACACUGUGGUAAAAAGUGUGAAAAAAAUAUCACCGGGAAGGCUGGAAAAGACCACGAGAGGCCGAGUGACGGGGAGCCCGGCUGAAACACGCCUGUUGGGCGGCUCUCCUUUCAGCUCCGUGGAAAAAGGGACGUUUCAAAGCCUGAUGGAGAAGGCAAUUCGGAGGGCUGAGGAUGGAUGGUAAGUGACUUGUGGAAGGCUGUCAUACACGGAGCUUGGGCGGGACGCGGGCGCUCUGGGCGGGGCGCGGGGCGGGCUGCUGGGCGGGCUGCGCUCCCUGAGGUGAAGCGAAGAGCGGGCCGGGCCCUGAGGGGCUUUAACCGGCACCUCCAGCCUUCAGCAUGAAGUGGCGUUGGGUUGAGCCGUGGGAGGGGGCUGAUGAGAUGUACUGGCCCUCAGGGUUUAAUUAUAGCCAGCCCUGGCCCGUAAAGAGACUCCGAAGGCGGCGGUCCAAAGGGCGAAGUGGGCGGCGGCGGCGGCGGAGGCGGCGGGGUUCGGGACGUUCAGAUGACAUAUUAGAUGAGGCAACAAGGCACCACCUGUUCACAGACACUUUCUGUAGGGUUUGCUGGGCAGUGCUGCCGUUUGAAUCCCAAAGGAUGUCACACUAUGAGGGCAGAAAGCAUGCUCAGAACGUUUAUCUUUAUGUCCAAAGUCAUGGCAGGAAGGAUGAGAGAAUGAAGUGUGACAAAAAGAAGGAAAUAAUGGAUUGUACCAGUUCUCAGAUGGAUGGAAUGAGAAUAGUAGAGAAUAAGUACUGUAAUCUCUGCAACAUAAUUUUGGCUUCCCCAGAUGUUGCAUCAUCUCACCUCCAGGGGAAGAUCCAUGCUCAGAAGCUGAGGCAGUUGGCAGAAAAUAAAGCCCUGGUGGAAGCACAGAGCGUGCAACCUGUUUCUGUUCCUUCAGAAACUGAGGUGCCUUCAUCAUCUUCAAAAUUGAGCUUGGAAAUGAACUACUGCAAUCUCUGCUGUGUUCCUCUCAAUGGUCCACAUUCAGCCCAGAACCACUAUGUUGGUAAGAAACAUGGAAAAAAUCUUGCACGGAAGAAGGUGAUGGAGGAGCUGGGAUUCAAACCUGUCCCAAGGGAAUCCAUGACAAGUGAUUCCUUCUUUUCUGAGGUUGGGUUUGGCCAUUACAUAUGCCCUGUUUGCAAUGUUGUACUUACAAAUGUACUUGAGUAUCAGUCCCACAUGAAAGGAAAAAAGCACCAGACCAGUUUAUGCAGAGCAAUGAAGAUUCACCGUCUCACAAAGAGAUCAAGAAAAACUUACUAUUCCAUUCAAGGUCAGAAAACUACAUGUCUUGAGGAAAGAAUGGAUGUGAGAAUAGCAGAAGAGUUUAAAGAUGGAAACCUUGGUGAGGUUAAACCUUCAGCCUUUAUGUACAAACAAAACCAGCAUUCCAGCCUUUUCUCAGAAACCCAAACACCCACAAAUACUGGGAAAAAGAAAGCACCAAGUAGCUCGUCAGCUUGUGAGCGUGCACUAGAAAAUACAUCAAACUGUCAGUACAGCACAGCACACUCUAUAGAAGGGCAAGCAUUUGGGGCAGCUGCCAUCACAGAUGGCUUUGGUCUGUCAGCUGUAGAAUCUAGAGAGUAUUGCAAACUUGUGCUUGCUGAAACGAUUAGCAUCUCCUACAAAGAAGAACAGAACCUUCAGGUAGAAUAUACUGAGGAGAAAAAAUACAUUAGUGAAGAGUUGAAAUGUAAGAAAGAAGACUCAGAACUGAAAAGAAAGGAAGAUGGUGAAGGUGCAGAUUUGCAGAAAGAAAGUGCAAAACGAAAGCGAAUUAAACCUGAGGUAGGCUUAGUAAAUGAGAAGAAAUCGACACCAAAUAAAGGUAAAAGGCCUAAAAAAACACCUGUUAAGAGACAGAGAAGAAAACGCACCAAGAAUCAACAGAAGCCCCAGAUAAAGGUCAAAACAGAAAAUGAGCUAAUUUGGGAUGACUCUGCCUUUACAUGCUGGUGAGGGUUUUGCUUAGCUUCAAGAGCCUGAUCCAAUUUGCAGAUUAUCUUAACUAUUUUGUAUCAUACUAUGGCUGUUGUGGUUUUUGUUGGUUUAUUGUGGUUUUUUUUUUUUUUUUAAGCAAAUUUGGGGGUCUUUUUGGAAGUGAGAAAGUCUUCUGAAAAUGUUUGGUAGUUGACAUGCAUCAGGUUUUAAUUACGUUACACGUACAACAGUCAUUGCAGUGAUGCGAACUUAGAAGUAUGAAGGCUCUUCUGGAAUAUACCUCAAACAAGGGUCAGUAGCUUAUGGAACACUCUUGGAAAUUCAUUAGAAUGUAUAGCUUUAUUUUUUUUACUAUUAAUGGUGCCUAUGCAGGGGGUUGCUUUCUUUUUUUCUCCUAGGAAAGUAUAUAAGCUUGGUAAGACACAUAAGGGCACUACAGUGUGCCAGGGGGAAGCCAUAUCGGUAACCAUUCCACUGACUGCUUUAAAGGAGAGUGAGGAAGGCUUUUGAUCCCAGAAUAAAGCUCAAUUUAUGAGUCAAACAGUGCUCUGAAGAACCAGCAACACUUCGCAUUUGAAGUAGUGUCAGUAAGUUUGUGUUAUUGUGGCAUGUAGUACAUAUGUAGGACACCAGUUCAUGUAUUUAAAAGCAGUGUCAUAAGACACCAUUUAGUAACACUCAGUGCCUUCAUGUUGCAGAAAAGCUUUUCCUUAGCCUUGAUGUGGGAUCUGAAAGCCAUUAUGUUGUCAAGUAGCACCACCAGGUAGUUGUUUGUAGAGGCACCUGUGCCGAGCUGCAGCUUUCAGCAGCUCUGCCCAACUGAAACUUUUUGUUGUGGGUUGUUGUGGUGUGGAAUGGAGUAAAAACCAAGACCCUCAAGCCUUGAAUUGUCUUGUUUGUUUUAGACUUGCAUUAAGAAGUUGUUUCAAAAGCUUUGAGAAUAAGGUAUCGUGGGCUUUUUGUAUGUUGUUUCUUGCAAAUUUAUUUUGUGGUUGGUUCCAAUCUUGGACUUAGGUUCCUGUGUUAUAAAGUUAUAAAUGAGUGGUCGGGUAAGGCCAUGAUGUGGUACUCUGCGUAUACAAAAGAAAAGUUGAAGAGAAAUAAGUGUUGAAGAGAAAUAAGUGUUGAAGAGAAAUAAGUGCCAGUUUACUUGCUUUUCAAAGAAGACUUGCAGUGCUAGAAGUCAGGAGAAGAUGAGCAGCUCUGAAAAUGUGGCAAAAGCAUCAUCUGGGAGUUGAUUUCUGCCAGUGAUCAGUUCCAAAUCUGUAUUUGAACUCCUCACCAUCCUGCCCUACGUGGGGAAAACGUACGAGCUAUUUGUAGGACACAUGCACAAGCUACUCUAAAUGUAACUCUAUGACUUCCUUGGCAUCAAAGGUGAUAAUAAGAUCCUGAAAGAAGGACUCCUGCUGUAUUUAGAUGCAACUGAUUAGCUGGUGAUGUAAAUGCUGCAAACAGGCAUAGCUGAAGAAUAUAAAAAUACAGCCUGAAUUUAGAUGAGUGAUGCUCAUUUUUCUGAAGUCAUUUGGUUAUUGUUAUGUGUUUCCUCACUGUCUUAUUCUUAGUCUCUAAUGUCAGUGAUGAUAGUCAUUUCCAAGCCUAGGCAUUUUAAAAUAUGAGGCAUAUAGGCUGAUGGCUUUAUUUUCCCUUUACUGUAAAUGUCUCUUUUUCCACUUAGUAGCAAAGGAAUCCACAUUGGAAGCUGAUUCUGUUUAUUUAUUAUUCUCAUUAAACUUAUCUGUUCUGAUUUGAGAAACAAA